CCACCAAUCCAGCAUCCCCCUAACGGAAUUCAAUCAAAAAUGGCCUCCCUUAUCUUCUUCGUCGGUAUAUUGGUACACGUUUCUAUGAUAUCCUUCAAAGCAUGCAACGCCAUAACAUUAACGCCCAAAAUUUCGCCAAAGUUUCCUGCCAUUUUCAUCUUUGGUGAUUCAACAGUAGAUUCCGGCAACAACAAUUAUUUUGAAACACUAGCUAAGGCCAACCACAAGCCAUACGGUCAAGACUUUCCGGGUCAUAUUCCUACAGGGAGGUUUUCUAAUGGAAAACUCGUUUCAGACUUCUUGGCCUCCAUGCUGGGGAUAAAAGAAACAGUUCCUCCUUUCUUGGAUCCAUAUCUAUCAGAUCGUGAACUCCAAACGGGUGUCUGCUUUGCAUCCUCCGGUUCCGGGUACGACGAUAUAACGCCGGAAGUAUCCCGAGUAAUUCCGGUGAGGAAGCAGGUUGAGCAGUUCGAGAUGUAUUUGGCGAGGCUUAAGGGAAUUGUGGGAGAAGAAGAAGCUAAGAAGAUAAUCAACGGAUCAUUGGUUAUUAUUAGUGCAGGAACUAACGACUUUAUUUUUAAUUUCUACGGCGCGCCGACAAGGAGGUUAGAAUUCGACGUUAGUGAAUACCAAGAUUUUCUUCAAAACAGGCUGCAAAACUUUGUUAAGCAACUAUACGAGCUGGGAUGCCGUAAAAUGCUUAUAGCUGGGCUUGUUCCAAUUGGUUGCUUGCCCAUUCAGAUGACCUUGAAGUUUCAGAAUCCGGAGGAUAGAAAGUGUAUAGAGAAUCAAAAUUUAGAUGCCAAAAUUUAUAACAGCAAGCUUGUUAAUCUAUUACCCCAAAUACAGGCACAGCUUCCAGAGAGUCAUAUUGCCUAUGCAGACGUGUAUGGGCCAUUGAGUGACAUGAUUAAUAACCCAACGAAGUAUGGUUUUGUAGAAACUAAGAGAGGGUGUUGUGGCACCGGGUUGAUAGAAUUCGGACCCUUGUGUACUCCGGAGACUCCAACAUGCGAGAUGGCUUCAAAGUACUUAUUUUGGGAUGCCGCUCAUCCAAUUGAACUGGCCUAUCGCUACAUUGCUGCAAUUCUUGUAAAGCAAGUCAUUCCCAAGUUAGUAUGAACACAGUCGUCAUUGGUUAGUUCAAUCGGAUAAAUAAGAACAGUUUAGAUGGAAAAUUACGUACGGUUCUUAUUAGAAUAUUAA